AUGAAUUCACUAAUAGAAUUAUCAAUUAUUUCAUUACUUUUUCUAAGAGCCACAAAAUGCUUAGAUUCCCCUGGCCCAUUUAAUAACUAUUAUACCAUUCCCUUUUACUAUGGAGCAAGGACAGAUGAAAGAAAUGUGAAAACAGUUAUUAUGAAUGAUGAACCCUCACUAUUUUUUUGGUCAUAUAAUUACAACGUGGAUUAUAGAAAUAAUCUAUGGGUUGCGGACAAAUAAUAAAGUACUAUCUUCUAUAUUUCUAAAGAGUAGGCAACAUGGAAUGCCAUAUUUAAAGUCUCAGGUACAGAUGGUGUCACUGGAGAUCGUGAUGGUAAUAUUGCUAAAGCAACAUUCAAUCAUCCCUCCUCUAUUUGCGUAUAUGAUGCAAAUACGACCAGAAUUUUAUAAUCAGAUAAUCUAAAGCCAGUAUUACUAAAUAAUCCACCAUCAGAUUUUUGUAAAAAAAGUAUAACGAUGGAUAACUAUCAAGAAUGUGGAGUUUUGGUUGAUGAAAGCUUAGAAAUGGUCACAAUGAAUCAUUCACUUAUAAAAUAUGUCCCCUUUAUUGAGCUUACCAAAGAAUAGAAAAACUUUUCAUACUCAAAUACUGAGCCAAGAAAGGUGUAUAUUGCAGACAAAAUGAAUCAUUGUAUUAGAAGAUUAGAUGUUUCAAAAGCAGAGGUGUCUACCUUUGCAGGUAUUUGUGGUAAGGCUGGAUUUAAGGAUGGAUUAUUGGGUCAGAACAUGCUUACUAGGCCUGAGCUAGUAGGUGUUGAUGCUCAUGGAAUCAUAUUUAUUUAUGAUGCUGGGAACAACUAUAUUAGAAUGAUAGAUAAAGAUGGAUAUAUGCAUACUUUAAUUCAAGGUGCAUGCAAGGAGGAUCCCAAUACUAUACCUCCUAAGAUUCCAUUUUAACUUAAAUUGAGAGCAAUGAUUUGCUACAAAACAUGGAUAAAGACAUCAGGAUAGCCAGAUUCACACUUAAUAGGAACCGGUGUUACUAAGAAUACAGAAUGCUUAGAUGAUCAUUAUGUAAACUGCAAAAAUAUUUAGCCAAGGCCUCUCAUUAUGGAAAAAAAUUUUACUGUGAUUUAAUUUAACAAUAAAAGGGACUUAUGA